AGUCGCGCACUGCACUAUUAUUCACGAGUUUGUGUGUAGGAAUAUGUCGCGUUUUAUUAUGCCAAGAAGGGAGUUAAUGAAGUUCCCACACCUUAAGUCGCUGUGCUGUCUUUAUUCAUCUGUUCCUAAAGGAUAUGUCGUCGGUAUCGAUUUGGGAACAACAAACUCGUGUGUUGCGGUUAUGGAAGGAAAGCAACCCAAGGUACUGGAAAACUCUGAGGGAAGCCGGACCACUCCAUCUGUAGUAGCAUUCACAAGUGAUGGUGAAAGACUUGUGGGUGCUCCUGCCAAGAGGCAGGCUGUCACAAAUUCGGCAAACACGUUUUCCGCCACCAAACGCCUCAUAGGGAGACGAUUUGAAGACCCUGAGGUUCAGAAAGACAUGAAAAACUCGUCAUUCAAAAUAAUUAAGGCAUCUAAUGGUGAUGCAUGGUUAGAAGCUCAUGGCAAGGCGUAUUCACCUAGUCAAAUUGGUGCGUUUGUAUUGAUGAAGAUGAAAGAGACCGCUGAGUCGUACUUAGGCACCAAGGUGAAGAGUGUCGUAAUUACGGUCCCUGCUUAUUUCAACGAUUCUCAACGACAGGCGACGAAAGAUGCUGGGAAAAUUGCGGGGAUGGAAGUAUUGCGAGUUAUCAACGAGCCCACAGCUGCAGCUCUUGCUUAUGGUCUUGAUCGCACAGACGACAAAACGAUAGCUGUUUAUGAUCUUGGAGGUGGCACUUUUGACAUCUCGGUAUUAGAGAUCCAGAAGGGAGUGUUCGAGGUCAAGUCCACGAAUGGAGAUACAUUCUUGGGGGGCGAAGAUUUUGACAAUGAACUUCUCCGCUUUUUGGUCAAAGAGUUUCAACGAGAGCAAGGUAUAGAUGUCACCAAAGACCCUAUGGCUCUUCAGAGAGUCAAGGAGGCCGCGGAAAAAGCCAAGAUCGAGCUCUCAUCGUCACUACAAACUGACAUCAAUUUGCCAUAUCUGACUAUGGAUCAGUCUGGUCCUAAGCACAUGCAUCUGAAGUUAACUCGAGCGAAGUUAGAACAUUUGGUAGAACAUCUCAUCAAAAGGACCAUCGAGCCCUGCAAGAAGGCGUUGAAAGAUGCUGAUGUCAAAGCUUCUGAUAUCGGUGAAAUCAUUUUAGUUGGUGGGAUGACACGGAUGCCUAAGGUCCAAGAAACGGUUGAGAAGACUUUUGGUAAGGCACCAAGCAAAAGUGUUAAUCCAGAUGAGGCUGUUGCAAUGGGGGCAGCAAUACAAGGAGGUGUCCUAGCUGGCGAUGUCACCGACGUUCUGCUACUUGACGUGACUCCACUAUCGCUAGGAAUAGAAACUCUGGGUGGUGUCAUGACAAAACUUAUUGGUCGGAAUACCACUAUCCCUACAAAGAAAUCACAGGUUUUCUCUACGGCUGCUGAUGGUCAAACACAGGUGGAGAUUAAGGUGUAUCAGGGUGAACGCGAGAUGGCUAGUGAUAACAAGCUACUUGGUCAGUUUUCUCUGGUUGGAAUCCCCCCUGCACCACGUGGUAUUCCUCAGAUCGAGGUUACUUUUGAUAUUGACGCCAACGGGAUUGUCAACGUAGCUGCACGUGAUAAAGGAACUGGCAAAGAGCAGCAGAUAGUGAUUCGUUCUGGUGGUGGGUUAAGUAAAGACGAGAUCGAGAACAUGGUGCGUAGUGCUGAACAAUACGCGGAGGUGGACAAAAAACGUAGGGAUCUCGUGGAGGCAGUAAAUCAAGCCGAGGGCAUUGUCCAUGAUACAGAAUCGAAGAUCAAUGAAUACAAAGAUCAGAUACCAGCAGAUGAAAGAGAAAAGCUCAAUGUUCUCAUUGAUAAGCUGAGAAACACACUGAGUAACAAGGACAAUGAAACUGCUGAAAGUAUUAGAGAAGCUACCAACGAACUUCAGCAAGCGUCUCUGAAGCUGUUUGAAGUUGCAUAUAGAAAGGUGAGUUGUCAGUAGUUUCUCACUUCGUUUGUGUAAUAUAGAUGGCUGGCGAGCAAGGGACAAAAGCGGACACCCAGGGUGAUGAAUCUGCAAAACAAGAGAAACAAUAACUUUUUCCUAAUUAAUUCCUACUGGGAAUGAGUUUUUUUUCUGGUUUUCUGCACCGAGAAAACUAGACGGAAGGUCGGUUUUGCUUUAGUGACAAUCCCGUUUGGUUCACUUUUCUUUUCGAACACUAGCUUCUGUAGCCGUCAUACAUGUCUUACGAUGAUUGUGUAAAUAUUUUAGAUUGCCAUGAUGAAAACACUCUCCUGUUAUCUUGUCAAUAUAACGUUUUUGAAUCG